AUGUUUCUUUGUUGGAGGCAGUUUCCGGAGGUCCGCACACCAGAGUUGCUGGCAAAGCUGGUUGAUGUGGUAUCCAGCUCAGGCGGUUCGAACCGGAAUACCGCCAAUGUAGCCACUGCAGUUGGCUCCAGUUCGAUGGCUGCUGUGGCUUCUUCCUCCGUCCCAGUUUACGAGCCAGCGGCCCAACUUGUCGCCUCUCCGUCAUUUGCUGUUGAUUUGAAUAACGGCGUCCGCGACGAGGUAGGAUCCUUUGAUGUUCUGCCAAACGCUUUACACGGCGUUCCACCGGUUGGCGUCGGAGACGGAGAAUUGGGUGAUCCUGAUGAGGACGACGUUGAGCCCGAAACGAUUGAGGAAGAUAGCGGGGACGAGGUUGUAGCGGCUGGGCCUGCAUUGGCUGGCGGUGGUUCUAGCUCUGGCACACAGCAGUAUCCACCAUAUUUUUCUUCGCUGGACCUGGACGCCAUGACGCAUGAGGGUGCGCUAGGGCACCCUGUUGGAUUCGGAGCUAGAGAUGCGGAAGGGAAUGCUGGUCUCACAGAGUUCCAAUACAAGGUGGUGGAGUCCGAUCACCGCCGGUAUGUGGGCAAGUGUUCCGAGUUUGGGAAUGGUUGCACAUGGUUGAUUCGGCUAAGUCUCCGGAAGCGCAAGGGCAUUUGGGAGGUCAAACGGUACAAUGGCCCUCACACUUGCCUAGCCACAUCCAUAUCAAGUGAUCACAGAAGUUUGGAUCAUUCUGUGAUUUCGGCGUUCAUUAUGCCAAUGGUUAGGGCUGACGCAUCGGUUAGCAUCAAGGUACUCCUGAACGCCACGGCAGCGCAUUUUGGUUUUAGGCCAACUUACAGGAGGAUUUGGAUGGCGAAGCAGAAGGCCGUUGGCCUCAUCUACGGUGACUGGGAUGAGUCAUACAGCGAGAUACCUAGGUGGGUGUUGGGUAGCAUCCCUGGUGAAGGCAACAUAUGGCAGGCUGGCCGAACUCUUUGUUCGCAAGGGGCGAGAGGCUGA